GGGGCCCUCGGCCUUGAUGUCACAAAAGAAAUGGCGAGCGGCAUAGGCAAACAUAAAAUUCUGAAUGUGGGGCCGACAGAGCCAUGGUCAAUCAGGGAGAAACUGUGCCUGGCUUCCUCAGUUAUGAGGAGUGGUGACCAAAACUGGGUAUCUGUAAGUAGAGCCAUCAAGCCUUUUUCUGAGCCUGGUCGACCACCAGACUGGUUCUCACAGAAGCACUGUGCCUCACAAUACUCUGAGCUACUGGAAGCAACAGAAGCCCCUAAGCGUAAACGCGGUGAAAAGGGCGAAGUAGUUGAGACCAUUGAAGAUGUAAUUGUUCGUAGACUGACAACUGAGAGGAUAGAGGAACUGAAAAAACUACUACGAGACACGCAAGAGCAGUACAGGAAGUUGAAAAAGGAUGCCGAUCUGAUACAGACAGGUCACAUGGACGCCCAGCUAAAAGAAUUGUGGGCAGCGAUUACACUAAAGAAAAAGCAGGAUGAGGAAGAGGCAGAUCAGAAAAAGAAAGCAACAGAAAUGGCAUAUCAAGCUCGUCAGGCAAUUAAGAACACACCCAAGCGUUUCCCCAGCGUCACUGUUCGUUCCCCUUUGGGGGCCAGUCCCACUAGCAUGGACUCCCAAACGGACUCCUCAGCCCCCACACCACCUUUGGACCCUGCAGUCAUUGCCUCAGAUGACACCAGCGCCCACACUGUCCAGGGUGUAGGUUUUUUGCUUCCAGUGGCUGAGGGGCCAGGCUCAGGCCUUAAAGAUGGAAGCCUCACUGUUCUUGGAGAGGAUUCUCCACAGAAGAGGCUCCUGCCUCAGAAAGCUACGCCUCCGCCAUCUCCACUAUUGUCGGAACUGUUGAAAAAAGGCAACCACAUCUCGGCCAGCCCACGCCUUGUCACUGAAGGAGAUUCAUCUGGCAGUCUUAGCAAUGGAAUACAGACUGCUGCUUUUGUUGCCACACCAUUACCAUCUGGUCAUGGUGUCAUGAUGGAGGAAGAAAUGGAAGCAGCAGUGAAAGAAGAUCUUGGUGAGGAAACGGGUUUAGUAGAAGACGACCUUGUCGCUGUCUCUUACAUGGGGGACGAUUUAGAUCUGGAGACUGUAGGGGACAUCAUUGCCAUCAUUGAGGAGAAGGUGGACGACUCUGUGGAGGCGUUGGAUGCAGCAGCAGUUGAAGCAGCACUGUCUAUGUGUGAAGAAGCAGUCUCGGAAGGACACACCUUACCAGGCCCCUGGGAGACUCAGGAACUAAAAGAUUCAGACCCUACAUCAUCCGUCCAAGACUCUGAGCACAUAGAGGAGCCCUGUGAUGAUGCAGCACUGUCUGUCCCAGCCCCUGUUGACCUGGCUGACCAAAAUCAACAGGAAGCUAAAAACACCGCCGAACAUGUCAAAGGAAACUGUGAGGCAGCUGUGACUGAAAGUGACAUAGCUUUGUGCGAAUCCUCGGACGAUGUGGCUGCUGAAGGUGAUGUCGCAGAAGAGAUUUCUGGGAAGACAGACACAAAUGUAGAUGUGAAGAGCGAAGUCGAGGAGUGGAAUCAGCCUGAGGCGAACCCGCCAUGCCUCGAUUCUGAGGACAGCUCUGUGUCUGGCAGAGAGUCAAAGGAGGUGAAAGAGGAGGAAGCAGGGAGUGAGUGUGACCCGGAAGAAGGGAUGGAGCUGAAAGAAGAAUGCGGUGACGGGGAGGGUCCGUAUUUGUCCGAAGUGGAGCGAGCAGCCAGCGAAAGUGAAGACGGUUAUGGGCCGCCCUCGCAACGCUACACUGCCGAUUCACUGGCCAGCAGCCCUGCUUCUUCUUCCCAGCUAUCCACAUGUGGUGAGGAUCAAGAAGCUGUACAAGCCCAGAAAAUUUGGAAGAAAGCCAUAAUGCUGGUGUGGAGGGCUGCUGCUAACCACAGGUAUGCUAGCGUCUUCUUGCAGCCAGUGUCAGAUGACAUCGCCCCUGGUUACCACAGCAUUGUACACAGACCAAUGGACCUGUCAGCAAUUAAGAAGAACAUUGAAUCUGGUGUGAUCCGUACAACAGCAGAAUUCCAGCGCGACAUCAUGCUGAUGUUUCAAAACGCUGUCAUGUACAACUCAUCCGACCACGACGUCUAUCACAUGGCCCUGGAGAUGCAGCGUGAUGUCCUCGAGCAUGUCCAGCAGUUCCUGGCCACGCAGCUCAUUAUGCAGACCUCUGAGAGCGCCAUCUCUGCCAAGAGUCUCCGUGGCAGAGAAGGAACACGCAAACCAGGAGAGCCAGCUGAGAAGGACAUGGUCCCAAUGGCCUCUCCUGCUUUCCUUCUCUCUCUUUUUGAUGGCGGCACCAGGGGUCGCCGUAGUGCAAUGGAGGCUGACCUAAAAAUGAAGAAAUAGGUUUAAGCAAGACGCCUGGAAGCCAAGAAGAUGGAAAUGAGUAGCUUUGGUCCAGUGGUUCAGUAGAAAGAGCUGUUCAGUCUGUGGGCCUAGUGUAUUGGCAUUUUGCUAGUGCAUUUAUUCUUUUCUAGAGAUGAGCAUAUGGUAUAUACGGAUGUGUUGAUGUGUUUUGGUAGAGCUACAUCUGUUUUUAAUUUUUUUUUUUUUUUAAUCCCUCCGUAUGUAGUUGCCACAUCAUCUCAUUUGGUGGUGCAUUCAUAGAUGUUAGAGAUUUUAAAAAGGAUUGGAAAAAUAUACUUGCUGUUAAAUUUAAAGACUUUCCAGUCACUCGAGGCGCCUCUGUAAUUCAACAAACAUUGGUAAUUAUUCUAAAAUACUAGAUUAACAAAAGAAGUUUGGUGAUAAAAUAUCAACCAAAAAUGACUAUUGAUUUUAGGAUAGUUUUCUUGCUGGGUUUUGAAGAUUUUGAUACGUUUCCGGAAGGCAUGCCUGUCUAACGAUAAGGAAGCCUGGAGCUCUAUCGACUACUAUUUUUACACCGUAUUAAUCAAUUGAAAAAGCUUGAGAACAAAUGUAGGAUGUGGGCAACGCCUCCUAUUUCCGCACUGUGUGGAUAAUGACUAUUAGGAAGAUAACCAUGAUGGUAAGUGCACACAAUUCUUUUCUGCCCAUCUAAACUGGUUCAGUAUGCUCAUUGAAUGCUCAUUGCUUUAAAAAUUAGUUUAAGAAGAUAACAUUAACCCAAAAAGUUCAAGGCUGUUUGUAUGUUUGGGGGCUUGUUGUGAGAGAAUCUUGAGGUAUGACAUCUUGAUGUUGUAUAACCCACUGCCAGGACUUACCAAAGUUAAAGACCAGCUCCUUAGUCUUAACGAGGUUGAGCUGUGGGCAGUUCUCCUCACUCCAGGCCACAAAGUCAUCAACCAGACACCUGUACUCCUCCUCUCCAUCAUCCUUAAUGCAGCCUAUGAUGGCUGUGUCAUCUGCAAACUUCUGGAUGUGACACAGCUCCGAAUUUUAGCAGAAGGCUGAGGUGUAAAGGGUGAAGAGAAGGGGGUCCAGCACUGUCCCCUGAGGUGCCCCCGUACUGCAGGUCACUGUGUCUGACAUGGUAUUCCCUAGUCUGACGAACUGCGGUCUGUCAGUAAGGUAAUUGUAAUCCAGGACACCAGAUGGGGGUGCACUUUCAUCCCCACUAGCUUUUCAUGAAGCCUAAGGGGCUGGAUGUUGUUAAAGGCACUUGGGAAAUCCAGAAAAAGGAUCCUCAUAGUGCCGCCACCUUUAUCCAGGUGCAAGUGGGUAUGAUGAAGAGGAUGUAGGAUGGCAUCCUCCACUCCAAUGGCUGUCCAUUAGGCAAACUGAAGGGAGUCCUGAGCAUGCUCCACUUGUGGCCUGAGGAUCUUGAGAAGGAGCCACUCCAGAGUCUUCAUCAGCUCUUGAUGUAAGAGCCACCGGUCUGUAAUUGUUCAGCUCACUGGGCUGAUUCUUUUUCGGGACUAGAACGAUACAGAAUGUUUUCCACAAGGUGGGCACCUUCCCUAGCCGUAGGCUAAGGUUGAAGACCUGCUGGAGUGGUACACCCAGUUUAGCGGCACAGGUCUUAAGCAGUCAGGGGGGCACCUUAUCUGGAACCGCUGCCUUCCUAGGGCAGAGCCUACUCAGUUCCUCUCUGACCUGGUUGGUGGUUAUGCAAGGAGGAGACUGUGAGCGUGGGUGUUGGAGGAAAGAAUUAACUUCAUACACUUUUUAUAAACAAAAGCAAUGUCAAUAAAAAAGGCCAAUUCAUUUUCAGAAAAAUAUGUAUUUGUUUACUUUUACUUUCAUACUUAAGUACAUUCCAGCACACUUUUUUUUUUUUUUUAACUUUGUGGAAGUACGUUUGCCACCAUCGCAUAGAACUUGCUAGAGACGGGGGGAACUUAGGUGGGUACUGGCAUCUACGGGCCUGGUUUGUGGAUGUAAAAUGAGGGGCCUGCGAAUUAUUGUCCACUAGCACCCUCCCACACACACUUGGGGGUGUCCCGUUUAUGCUCAUCGCACCUGAGCCCUGUUCACACUUGUACCGCCACUGGCUACAGGCAACAAUCAACACUAAGUCACAAACUCUCAGUCCAAUGUUCACAUCUACAAAAAUGUAAUAAUUUAUAAGAUGUGCACAUACCUGGUACCUCAAUAAACAACAAUCCGUCGUAUCGCUGUUUGUUUUGAAUCUUUAAAUGGAACAUAUUUUACCAUGCUCAUUCAUUUUCCAUGCCGCUUCUUCCUCACGAGGGUCGCGGAAGGGCUGGAGCCUUUUUCCAUUGAAAAUGGUUAAUUCUGGGUGUUUUUAGGUUAUCUGUAUAAUCCCUAUUAUUUCCAUGGCGCCUGGCUACAGCAGUAGAUCACGCUGAAUGAGGUGGCCAACAGGGUUAACACAGUACGUUUUAAUUCUAUAGUAUGUGAAAUAAAAUUGAGCCACAAGCAAAUCGCACAGACUUGACAAUGUUUGUUUUGGAUAGUGUUUAUUGAGCAGGGUACUGUGAAGUCAAAUUUCACUUUUAUUAUUUUUUUAAGUGUAAACCUUGAUAGCUGCAGGUUGGUUAGUCUUUAGCCCAUUUAAUUUUGCCACCCAAUGACUUGAAUUGUUAAUUAUGACGCAAGUAAAAUAUUUCUCUCUGUUCUCAAUUUUAAUUUAUUCUGACGUAUAUUUUGAGUUGCUGAUUACAGUUUUCUAAUGAGACCUGAUAAUCAUUUAGUACUUAUGAAAAUGUUUUUUGGGAACUUUGUUUCAGUGUUAACUGCCAUUCUCUAUAAAUGUCAUUGAAUGCACCACCACAACAAUUACCAGCUGGACAACAAACAGUCCAUGUCCAAAAUAUAUGUUUUUGUUCCAAGGAAAUUGGUGAAUCAUUUCCAAUGAUGCCUGCCAAGACAUUUUUCCCCCAAUUGCGCAAAGGAAAGUGAAUUGAGGCCUAGAAUGCUUUCCUGAAGAUAAUCAGGAACCCAGUCCGUUCCAGUCCAGUCUGAUCAAAAGCAGUCAAAAUAUGUCUGUUUAGUUUAGCUCAGGGGUCCCCAAACUAUUCCAUAUCGGGCCGCUGUGGGUGCUGGAUUUCUUUGACUCCCCUGGUUUAGCUGAACUAUUAUUGAUGUAUCCCUAGUUAUCACAUAGGGUAGGGUUCACCAAAUCCAGACCUCGAGGCCACCUAUCCUGUCAUGUUUAAGAGAGAUAUGGAAAACACGACAGGCUAGGUAGCCUUUAGGUCCAGAUUUGGUGAACCCUGACAUAGGGUGUUGCCAGAGUGUGUGGCAUGGUCAAAGACGGCUUGUGUAAUGUGUUCUAGAUGAAAGUAAGAAAACAUGUUUUGUACCCACUUGAUGGACCAUUUAGAGUUUGUGUUUGGGUAGCGGAUAAAUAUGUUUUGUUGUACAUUUUGUUAAAUAAAAGAUGUUUUAAACU